AGAGAAAGCGAGAGAGUGAGAGAAAGUGAGUGAUGAGGGAGGAGUUUGGGCGCAAAAGUGUACUGGCAGUUUGGGUGAGAAAGCGGCUCGUGCGGAGCGGAAACUGAAGCUGUGCGCGUUCACACUCCGUUAGUGUCGGCUCGGGCCCUGUAUUACUCUCUCUCUCUCUCUCUCUCUCUCACUCUCUCUGUCUCUCUCUCGUUUAUCGGAAGUCGGUAGUGUGUUCGCUGUAGUUUUCCCCGGUUAACGGUUCGGCGGUGGUCAUGGCGGACGGCGCUCCGUGCGGCAGUGGCAGUGACGGCGAGGAGAAGGGCGCGCGCCUCCGGGGGUUCGCGCGUCAGGGCGCGCUCCGCCAGAAGAACGUGCACGAGGUGAAGAACCACAAAUUCAUCCCGCGUUUCUUCAAGCAGCCCACCUUCUGCAGCCACUGCACCGACUUCAUCUGGGGUUUCGGGAAACAAGGAUUUCAGUGUCAAGUUUGCUGUUUUGUGGUGCAUAAGCGCUGUCAUGAGUUUGUCACCUUCUCCUGUCCUGGAGCAGAUAAAGGCCCGGCGUCAGAUGACCCACGCAGUAAACACAAGUUUAAGGUCCAUACGUACUCCAGUCCGACAUUCUGUGAUCAUUGUGGCUCCCUGCUGUAUGGGCUCAUUCACCAGGGCAUGAGAUGUGAACAUUGUAUGAUGAAUAUUCAUAAGCGUUGUGUUGCCAAUGUGCCGAGUCUGUGCGGAACCGAUCACACUGAACGCAGAGGACGCAUCCAGAUCACCGCUAACAUCAAGAACAAUGUACUCACCGUAUGCAUCAAGGAAGCAAGAAACUUGGUUCCAAUGGAUCCGAAUGGCCUUUCUGACCCAUACGUGAAGCUCAAGCUCAUUCCUGAUCCGAAAAGCGAGAGCAAACAGAAGACCAAGACUAUAAAGUGCUGCCUGAAUCCGACAUGGAACGAGACCUUCACAUUCAAUCUGAAGGAAUCAGAUAAGGACCGCAGGUUAUCAGUGGAGAUGUGGGAUUGGGAUUUGACCAGUAGGAAUGACUUCAUGGGUUCCCUCUCUUUCGGCAUCUCAGAACUGCAGAAACAAAGUGUGGAUGGCUGGUUUAAGCUGCUGAGUCAGGAGGAGGGUGAGUACUUUAACGUGCCUGUCCCACCUGAGGGAGAUGAAGGAAACGAGGAGCUGAGACAAAAACUUGAGAGGGCUAAAAUAGCUUCUGUCGCUAAGAAGACAGACUCAUCUGUAUCCAAGUUGGACAAUAAUGGAAAUAGAGACCGGAUGAAGCUCUCUGACUUCAACUUCCUCAUGGUGCUUGGAAAAGGGAGCUUUGGCAAGGUAAUGCUGGCUGAGAUGAAGGGAACAGAUGAGUUAUUUGCUAUAAAGAUUCUGAAGAAAGAUGUGGUGAUUCAGGAUGAUGAUGUGGAGUGUACCAUGGUGGAGAAGAGGGUAUUGGCACUUUCAGGAAAACCACCUUUCCUCACACAGCUGCAUUCCUGCUUCCAGACCAUGGAUCGGCUGUACUUUGUAAUGGAAUACAUUAAUGGAGGAGAUCUGAUGUACCAGAUACAGCAGGUCGGAAAGUUCAAGGAGCCACACGCUGUGUUUUACUCUGCGGAGAUUGCCAUAGGCCUGUUCUUCCUGCACAUUAAAGGCAUAAUAUACAGGGAUCUGAAGUUAGAUAAUGUAAUGCUGGAUGCUGAAGGUCACAUUAAGAUCGCUGAUUUCGGGAUGUGUAAGGAGAACAUGUCUGAGGGAGUGACCACCAAAACUUUCUGCGGUACCCCAGACUACAUCGCUCCUGAGAUCAUUGCGUAUCAGCCCUAUGGGAAGUCGGUAGACUGGUGGGCCUUUGGGGUGCUGCUGUAUGAAAUGCUAGCUGGACAGCCACCAUUUGACGGAGAGGAUGAGGAUGAACUGUUCCAGUCCAUCAUGGAACAUCACGUGUCAUAUCCCAAAUCAAUGUCUAAGGAGGCAGUGGCCAUCUGUAAAGGACUGAUGACAAAGCACCCUGGAAAACGUCUAGGAUGUGGCCCUGAGGGAGAGAGAGACAUCCGAGAGCAUGCCUUCUUCCGCUACAUGGAUUGGGAGAAGCUUGAGAACAAAGAGGUUCAACCACCAUUCAAACCUAAAGCUUGUGGCCGAGAGGCGGAGAAUUUUGAUCGCUUUUUCACACGUCACCCUCCGGUGCUCACUCCACCUGACCAGGAAGUCAUCAUGAACCUCGACCAGGACGAGUUCGAGGGUUUCUCCUUCAUAAACUCUCACUAUCCUAGUGCAGAAGCUCAGAGCUAAUUAAUAUUAGCUGUUAAAUGAACUCUGCCCCCCAUCCUUCCAUUUUAGCCUAUCAUUUCUUGCUUCUGCUGGUGCACGCCCUGCUCCCUACUGGCCACUUGGCUGAAGUGCUUAUGAACAUAGAUAAUGACUAUUAGAUAAUCAGAUGCAUGCAGAACUUGCUCCCUGCAGUCCACUUGGCUGUAACUUACUAUAUAUACUUAGAUGCAUGUAGAACUUCGCUGUAAUAACUAGGUAAUUUAAUAAUCCGGAUUUUAUUUACUAAAAUACGUGUAAAUAGCAGAGAGAACAUCAGUACAGGAGAUCUCCACUUCCUCCAGGAAUGCUCCCGUUUUUCUCAGUUAUCCACUUCCUCCAGGAGUUCUCCACUUCUUCCAGGACGCAUGAGUGACUUCCUGCAGCCACACUACAGUGUGUGCUUCCAUCCAUCUGUUUAUAAGGCAACAAGGAAUUAGCUCAUAAGGAAAUCUGAAUAUGGAAGGAAGGAAGGAAGGGAGUGAGGGAGGAAAGGAAGAAAGGAAAGAAAGAAAUAUAGAAAGAAAGAAAAUGCAAAUAAUGCAAAAGAAAUUUGGGCAGCCAAAAUAAAAGGUAGAUAGAAGGAAAUAGAAGGUAGAAACAACAAAACAGACUAAAACUAAGACAAAUAUAAGUAGACUGACAAAAAUAACAGGUAUAAAAAAAAGCAACAACAAAAAAAAAGAUGGGGGGAAAAGAAGUUAGGAAGAAAAACAAGUAGAUAGACAAAAAGACAUUUAUUUAGAUAGUGAGGAAAAAAGGUGGGUGAGUAGGUAGAGGUCAGAUAAGCAGAGCAAGUCACAAUAUUGGGCAGAACAGGAGCCAAUGGAAACAAGGAUUGCAUAAACAUUUGGAUGGAAAUUGACCAAUCAGCUCACUGCAUGUCUUUUACAUCAUCUGUGAAUGUGAUUCAUUAGUGUGAUGCCACUAACUUUUAUUUUGCAUGUCUGAAUUAUUAUUUGAAUGCAUAACCUCCAUAAACAGCAUGCAUUCUGCUAUGAUUGCACCUUGAGUAUAUCAUAUUUACAAUAAUAUAAAUGAGCUCUACAGUGAUGAGUAGAUGAUUAGUAUUCCUGCUUUAUACACAAAUAAGCUGAUGACAGACAACCUUAGCUCUUAUGUAAAAAAAGAAUUACAAAUCAAAAAGGCAUGCUUAAGAGUAAUACGUUUGCAUCUUGGCUACAUUCACAUUACAAACCUAAACUGUUUGAAAGGACACAGGAACAUGGAAAAGCAGUUUACUUUCAGUAAAGAUUUAUUUUGAUUUGCCAAGUUCACCUAGAUACACGUUACCUUACAAAUUCACCCACCUUGGAAGUGUGAGCCAAAAGAAGAGCAGAAACAGAGUUGUGAUCUCUUAUUUCUGAAAAAAUAAUAAUUAAGGACUGGUUAUUAUUUACCAGCUUUCUUGCAGGGCUUUUGCCAUAUUUUCUUCUUGUUACUCAUAUUUGCAACUAACCAAACCAGCUAGCUUCUUACAUUUCACUAGAAGGCUCUGUGCUAUUGUGAUAACUAUGUUGCUCCUUAUGUAGUUUUGUUGCUUUAAAGACACCUUCAAUCUUCAGUGAGAAAGGUAUCUCAAGAAUUUAUCACAAAAUAUUUCAUUUAUAAAAUGAAACAAUGAUGCACUAUAUGGCUGAAAGUUUGUCCAUCACACCCAUAUAUGGACCUUCCCCAAACUGUUGCCACAAAAUUGGAAGCACACAAUUGUAUAGAAUGUCUUUGUAUGCUGUAGCAUUACAAUUUCCCUUCACUGGAACUAAUGGGCUAAAGCCUCUUCUAGCAUAACAGUGCCCCAAUGCACAAAGCGAGCUUCUUGAGGACAUGGUUUGCCAGGGUGAGUGUGGAAGAACUGGAGUCUCCAGAACUGCAUAGGGCCCUGACCUCAACCUCACUGAACACUUCUGGGAUGAAUUGGAACGUUGAGUGCACCCCAGGCCUCCUCACCCGACAUCAGUGUCUGAUCGCAAUAAUGCGCUUGUGGCUGAAUGAGCACAAAUCCCCAUAGCCACGCUCCAAAGUCUAGUGGAAAGCCUUCCUAGAAGAAUGGAGGUUAUUAUAAUAGCAAAGGGGGACUAAAUCUGGAAUGGGAUGUUCAAUAAGCACAUAUGGGUGUGAUGGUCAGGUGUUCACAAACGUCUGGCCAUAUACUGUAUCAUUUGCACUGUGUUCCACUAGGCAUUACUGUCCCCUUUCUGGACCCUUCUGGCCACAUGGCCACAUACUGGUCUCCUGUUUAGUAUUAAAAAGAUCACAUUAUGUUCACACAGGCAUGAAAAAAGCAGGCAAAAAGUCAGAUUUAUGCCACUUAAAUUAAUGUGAAUAUAAGCAUAAGCAGCUUUCCCUGGACUCCAUGGUCAUUUUUUUUCUGGCUCGAAUGCACCAGCUGUCUUGCUCUCAGGUUUCCACAAGACAGGAUUUCACUGACUUUUGUCUUUUAGAGAUUAAAACAAGUUCACCAGAGGCUACCUCCUCCCACAGAUGACUAAUGGCUUAACCGCACUCCCACAUCUACAGUGGGGACUAACUGUUUCAGUUUGCUAGCAAGAACUGUUUUUAUUUCUUCACCGAUCAAACAGUUUGUUCAAAUGACAAUUCUCUAUCCACUAAGAUAUCAACUAUUAGUUGUUAUAUACCAGUGCUGAUGAAUUCUUGAAUCUGAUUGGUCAGAAGGUGACAGCAGCUCUGACAGUAAUGCUGUCUGUAAUUCAGUUCACAGGUUUCUAUUAAUGUAUGUUAUCAUUUCUGUAGUAACAUUUCAUUCACAGGGGCUUCUAUAGCUGAUGCACCGCAUAAUCAAAGGCUAGUAAUAAACAGAUUAAAAAUGUGUUAUUAUUCAACAAAGACAUAUUUAUAAUAAUUGAUAUGGUAAAGAUUUCUGUAAUCAGACACUGGUUGAAAGGUAUGACGUUAUUUAAAAAGUAUUAUUAUAAUUGGUACAAAUUGCUGUGAUAUUCAGUGGAUAUAAAAAAAAUCUACACACUCCUGUUAAAAUGACAAGUUGUGUGAUGUAAAAAAAAUUAAACCAAGAUAAAUUUUUUCCACCUUUAAUGUGAUAUGGCAGCCAACAAGAUUCAAGUGAAAAACAAAUAGAAAUGUUUUAGGGGAAAAAACGAAAAAUAAAAAAACUCUACAAUAACCUACAAACACCCAUUAAAUAGUACUUUGUUAAAGCACGUUUUGCUUGUAAGAAAGAAUCUACCAACUUAGCUCAUCUUGAUUUGCAAAAAUACUCUAGAUCUAUCAAAUUGCAAGAGGAUCUCCUGUCUCCUGUCCCCUUCAAGUCAUUCUACAGGUUUUCAAUAGUAUUUAUAUCAGAUCUUCAUCUGAAGCCAUUCCUUCGAUUUGGAUGUGUGCUUUGGGUUGUUUUCAUGCUGGAAGGUGAAAUCUUUCUUCAUCUUCAACUGUCUAACAGAAGCCUACAGGUUUUGUGUCAAAAUAGAUUGGUAUUUGGAUGAUCCCCUCUAUCUUGAGUAGAACCCCAGUCCCAGCUGAAGAGAAGCAGUACUAGUGGCAGCCUGUGGUUAUUAAAAUAGGGGAAGCACAACUGUCUGUUUAGGAUUUUAUAUAUAUAUAUAUAUGUUGUUCUAUAGUAACAGCUAAUUCACAGGAACUUGUAUAGUGGAAUAAACAAAACACAGCCAAUCAAUGGCUGUCCCAUUGAUUUUCCCUGAAUUUUGAAUUAAAAUAUGUCUAAAUAUGUUUAAAUAUAUUAAAAAGUGUUUGUCUGCCUUUUAGUUUAAUUUUCAGUCUCUUCCUAAGUCUGAUUUUCUAAAAUCAGGUUAACAUUAACAAUGCCUGCCAUUUUGUGCCAAAAAGCAGCUAAGCUGCUAUUUGAAGAAGGAAGUGACAGCUACCUAGCUAGACUUAUAAACAACAAAUUUCAGAAAUGAAUGCAAAUAACCAAAAAUUUAUACUAACAGUUUAUUUACAAUAUUUAAGAAUUAUCACCAUGUUUAAUACUGUAGACUCUAAGUGAUUCCCACUGGUGCCGAUAUAUUUAAGUUUGAGAUGUGAAUCAUGUUCAUUUUAGUUUCGGUGCUUGGCAACUGAUUACGAGGUUCCGUCCCUUUAAGAGGUCGAUCAAUCAUCAUAAGGAGAUGCUGUGCAUCCAGGCAGGACAAAUGAAGAGAGCAUUGUGCAAUAUACAGUACACUGAGAUGCAAAACACAAUUGCCAACACUCAUUCCCAGUGAAGCCCGUGCAUCUGGGCGUGGCUCAAACUGCUCAAAAUGAUGUGUUAAAAGCCUGAGUGUUAAUCUUUCGUCCCACUGAAACACCGUGUACAUACAUUUACAAUAAACAGCCAGAGAUGCACAGGCUUCACUGGGUGUCUGUUAGCUCUGUGUCAGGGGCUUCAAAGGAGCUUUUCACUCAGGAUGCACUGUUCACAGGAAACAGUUUGAGUUAAAUGAACAAACAGCAUGAUAUUGCAGUGAGAUAUUUGAUGAUUUGAAAUCCACUAAGAUUAAUCAAUAAUAUAGACACUUUGCUAAACAUUUCUUUGCCACAUUUUAGUGAAAUUUUAGGGGAAACCAUGGCUUCCUGUGUAGCGUUGUGCCUGUGAGCAGCACGAUAGCACAGUGCUGCCACCACCAUGCUUCAUGGUGGGAAUGGUUCUUUAGGUGAUAAGCCAUCUUGUUAUUGAGCCAAACAUAUCUUUUAGAAUUACGCCCAAAAAGUUCUAUCUUGGUCUCAUAAUACCAUAACACAUUUUGAUACAUGGUUUGGUGUGAUUUAGGGCUUGGGUGUUUUCUUUUGUGAGAAAGGGCUUCCGUCUAGCCAUAACUCUACCCCGUAUCCCACAUGUGUAAAGAAAUUUUUGUCAGAUGUAGGGAGAGACCAGCACUUGCCAGAUAUUCCUGCAGCUCCUUGAAUGUUGCUGUAGGUCUAGUGGAAGCCUCCCUGAUAAGUUUUCUUCUUGUCCUUUCAUCAAUUUUAGAAGGACGUCCUGUUCUUGGUAAUGUCACUGUGGUGCCCCAUUUUCUCCACCUGUUGAUGAUGGUCUCCACAGCAUUAGCAUGGUACAUCUAUCAUGGAAUUCUUUUGUACCCCUCUCCUGAUUGAUAACUUUUGACAAUGAGAUCCUGUACAUGCUUUUUAAGUCGCAUUAAACCAAGAUGUCAGGUAAAUCCUACAGAAACAGCUGAUCUUUAUUUGGGGUUAAUUAGAAUCACUACAUUAAUGACAUUAAUGAGUUUAAAUGUGAUUUUUUAAUUCUGAGCACAGUCAUAUGCCUCAUUCUAAAAGGGUCUCUAUUUUUUGUCACCUGAAUUAUUAUUUUUUUUGGUUGCUACAUCAUGUUAAAAGUGAAAAAAGGUCUGACAUGAUACUGCAGUAAAAAUUGGUUUAAUUUUUUUUUACAUCACAAACACCUGCAAUUUUAAUAGGGUUGUGUGGACUUUUUAUAUCCACUAUAGACAUAAACACAUUGGGAUGUAAUAUUAUAGGAAAAACUUCAUCAACACCCCAUCACUGCUUAUUUUCCUAUAAUAGCAUGCCCGGUUGUGUUUUAUUCAAUACACACAGGUAUUAUUUAUUCAUUACAUACAUACAAGUUUUGCAAAAUGCCAGUUCUAACCAUUGUGUGUAACUAGCUGUUAUUGUUGCAAGUUAGCAUUCAUUUGUUAGAAUACAAUUUGUUAUAGGCUAUUAGCACAUGAUGGAAUAAUGAUAGAAUUAAUUUUGUGGCUGAAAUAUUUAUUCCAAAGUCAUUAUGCAGAAUGCAUAACAAUCUGAAAUGGGUUGGAAAUUGCAACUAAACCCCCUCCUAUAUCUUGGCACACUGUACUGUUAGCUUGGGGUUUUACCAUUUUAGGUGUGCAGAGACUUAGAAAUUAGGAAAAACACCACAGCAGGUCAAUCCUUUAUAAACACAGUUAUGUCAUGAAUCAGGGCUGUGAAAUCAAGUUCUACAUAUAAACUCUUGUACUGUGAGAGUUUAUAAUGGGCUAGGUACACCUGCCAACUCUCCUAGAUAUGGUAACGAUUUAGUCAGCCAACUCCCAAGCCACUAUUAAUAAAACACACAAAAAACAAAAAAAUGACAACCUUUGUAUUCAUUUCCAAUCCGUACUCCACCAAAGUGCUGUUAUAAUGCACAUCAUAUCGAGAUAUUGCUAUAAUGAAAGCAUUUUAGAUCUGCUGCUCUAAAAUGCACAACGCUUAACUUUUAGAAAAUGGUCUAAACUGCAGAUUUGUGUGUUUAAAUCGUACCUAAAGCAAAUAUUAACUGAAGAUAAAUCUAAUAGCUCCAAUAAAAUAAAGAUUGGCUCUGAAGUGGCUACAUUUAAUAGCUAAAUCCUGAGCUGGCUUGGUAGUUAGCUAUUUUCUCUCUCUCAUAAUUUUUUUCUAUUUUCUCUUUUCUCAUAAUAAAAUAUGAAAUACGGUUGUUACAUACAAAGGUAGAUGCAAAUUACAUACAUAACCUGACAGUUUAACUAGAAAAUGGUCAGUGAGGGUUUGAUGAAAUAAACAGUGCCUGGUGCACACAAAAACUGGUCGGAUAUGCACUCAAAAAAAAAACAAAAAAACAAGUGCUUCAAAACUAUGUGUUAAGCAUAAGCUUUCAGCAAAUUCCCUCACUAUUACGGACUAGUUGAUUUAAAAUUAAAGCACCAUAAUUUUUAAUACCUGCCAACCUUUUACGCAUUUUGCGCAGGAAUUUAACAUAGGAGUACACUAGGAGUAUCACAAGUACAAUAAAGAACAAUAUUUCCCCAAUAAAAUUCUGUGCAGGUGAAUGGAGAACAGUUUGUGUUCAUUAAUGUGAAAUAAAAUAUAUAUUAAAAUAAUUAAAAUAUAUUCAACAUAAUAUUUAUUAUGUUUAAUAUAACAUAUAAUAAACAUAUAUUUAACAUCAUAUUUAAUAGGCAUGACACUGAAUUUCAAAAAUAGCCCAAAAUGUCACUUGAGACAUUUUGAGACAAAAGAGAAGAACAGUUAAAAAAUACAAUGAAGCAUCAAAUCAAACACUUCCCAAGCAAUUUGAAUGUUAAUGGUGAUCAAAGUGAUUAAAAACAUUGGUUCAUUCCUGCGCCAGUGAGUACCCCAGUGUUCAUCCCCAAGCGACUGGUAGUUAACGUAAAUCCCCCUAUAUACGAAUAUCAUACAUGCAUUAGUGCUUUUCUGGUUUGGCAGGUCUGAUUUUUUAAUAAUAAGGAUAAUAAUGCAGUUUUAACCACUGACAGCGGCUAAUGAUGUCAAAAAAUGCCUCAUUACAGAUUGGCAGCAAAUUAGCAGUGACUCUUGCUAGCAAACACCAAACAGCUAGCUAAAUUAAGUAUUUACAACCGUGUUUAUCCAUUCAGGAUUUUUUUUUUUUUUGGCAUUCUCAACCUGUUAGGCUAGCUACGUAAAAUAAUAUUAGCUGCUGCUAAGAAAGAAUUGCUGAGGAAGAAUACCUCAGCUACCUUGCUACCUGCCUGCUGCAGGCAGUAACAGCUAGCUAGCAGUGUAGUAUUGCUAUCCUAACAGUUAUGGUUAAUCUGUUUGAGUUAGAACAGACUGUGACAAUUUUUAAAAAACUCAAAGCACCAUUAACCUUGCCUAUUCAACAUUUUUAUUGAUUCUGUGACAUUCCCAUCCCUUCUGCCCAUAAAUGCAGAAGCUGCUAUACAAUGUCACUAAUGUCGCUAAUGUUGCUAAUGUUGUAGACAAAAAAAAGAGAGAAAUAUUUAGAAGACUUUGCUGGUUUAUUUAUCCACAGCACAUCCUAAGACACAUACAGAAAUGAAAUGAAUCAUGAAUUAUUAUGAAUGCAUGAAUUAUUAACUAUAACAUAGUUUAACAUAGAUUAUCAUAAUUAGCAUACAUUGUGGGUGCUUUUUAUCAUAUAUUUUUCAUGUGCCAAAGUAUUUUACAAAGACAAAUGCAACAUAUAACUUAAAAUAAAAAAAAAUUGAAAUAUA